AAAUGUAUAGAUGUAAAUACAACAUCAGGUGUAGUGCGCGGUCUGACACUACAUGUGCUCAACAAAACUGUUGACCAGUUUUUGAAUAUACCAUUUGCUGAGCCACCGGUCGGGAGUCUACGGUUCGCACCGCCCGUACCACUCAAACAACCCCUAAAAGAUGUCAUUGAUGCAACAAAACAGGGUAAUUCAUGUUUACAACCACAGCCAACAACGACUCCACAAAGUGAAGACUGUUUGGUAUUAAACAUAUGGACACCAAAUGCGGGCAAUAAUAACACAAACAAAUCACAGCUCAAACCCAUUAUGUUUUACAUUUAUGGCGGGGGUUUAGUAAAUGGUACCAUUUUUCUACUACCAGGAUACAACGGAUCAAUUUUGGCCACACAUGAUGUGUUGGUUGUGUCCACUAAUUAUAGGUUAGGAGAGUUUGGUUUCCUAUACGGGGAUCGGGAGGACGCGCCCGGAAAUGUCGGCUUUUAUGACCAGUUAUUGGCUCUCAAAUGGGUUAGAAAAAACAUCCACUCAUUUGGCGGAGAUAGGGAUCAGAUCACUAUAUUUGGUGAGAGCGCCGGCAGUGUCUCCGUAUCGGCACAAAUCAUAUCUCCAUUAUCUAAGGGUCUAUUCAAGAGGGCUAUUAUGGAAAGCGGCGCCCAUAUGUAUAACAAGGACAGGGAUGCUAUCACCAAACCUGAGGCCAUAGCCAAUGGCAAACAUAUAGCAAAACAAUUGAAAUGCAAUGAAACCGAGGAUUGGAUACAAUGUCUGCGCAGAGCGGACGCCAGAGAUAUACUUAAAUUUAAUCCAACCAUUGCUUUCCCAGUCGUGGGCACAGAAUUCCUGCCCAUAUCCGCCCAAAAAGCAUUGAAAACCAAACAAUUAAACACAGACAUUGACCUAAUGGCAGGCCUGACCCGAGACGAGGGCGCACUACUGACCCAAUAUGUAUUAAAUCACUCACACAUUGAAUCGGUGGCCGAUUUCAGGGCAUACCUGAGCGAAACGGACCAAAUAUAUCACAUCAUAAACGCGACAAAAGUGACCGACUAUUACCUCCACGGCGUUAAUAUUAGUAAUCCAUUGUCAAUAAAACAGGCAUUUAAUAGAUUUUUUGGCGAUUUAAUGAUGAAUUGUCCGACAUAUCUGUUUGCCGAGCGUUUUGCGCAAAUAUCGCCACAAAAUGACCGAAAUGUUUAUUUCUAUCGAUGGGAUUAUCAAAGCGAUUGGUUCGCCGCACUUAUGAACUGCGAUCCGGUGACCAUGGGCAUUUGCCACGGCGCUGAUAUACCGUUUGUUUGGGGCCUGGACUACCAGGCACCCAUGAAUGUGACCAUGAUGGAAAGACAAUUUACUGAUGAUCAUUCCGGACCCAAACUGGCCUCAGAUGUGGUCUCACAACGUGACAGAUACGUGCCUGUGCAAUACAGGUCGCCACCUGAGCCAAUCAAUCUUGAUUUAACAUUAGCGUCGGUGUUGGGCAUUGUUUUGGGUAUGGUUAGAGUUCGCACCUCGUCCUUUUUAAUGGGGCACUUCAACAAUUUGCACGCAUCCUUGUCCAGUCCCAUCAUCGGUAUCAGGUCCACCUUUAAACUCGACCGAGAUGUUUGUCUGAACAGCCUUGUGAAGUGUACACGAUACACCCGGUGCGCAACCACUCACAUACACGCUGUGCACUUCGUGAUGACCUGGCACAUU